UUCCCCCUUUCAGGACGAUUCUGCCGCCGCCGCCGCUGCCGCCGCCGCCGCCGCCGCCAGAGCAACAGCAGUCGACGACGGAGUCGAGGCCUGCAGGCCGUUGAAUCUCAGCCAGUUAGUGACGAAUUCGUUGCCGAAGUUCGCUGCCGAAGGUUCGACCCAAAACACCGAAUAUCAGCGUUGGACGAUGGCAGGUGCUGCGUGUGCCGAAAAUUGGAAGAAGGCUAUUGACUUUAUGGAUGGAAAGAGGGACGAAACGCGAAAGCAGUUUGAGACCAAGAAACCUCUUCCUCAGUUCUCAUGA